UGCCACUCUACACGCUGACCAGCCUGUUUACUAAUGUUUCUCUAAGAGUGAGACCAAGGCUAUACUGUCGUAUUCCUUAGUCUUCCACACAUCGUUCGCUCGGCCUUCCACGUCCACUCAACAGCCGCAGUCCGUAAGAUAAAGCUGCUGCCUCGCCACCACACAGUCACUGCUUGUGACUCCUCGUCACAAACACUUCCUCCUCCGUUCGCUUCUGCAGUCGAUCCCAGCAACUGCCCGAAGCCUCGUUUCCACCAUUGGUCUCCGCCACCAUGCUUAUAGAGUGGGAGUUCCAGUGCUCAGCUCUCCGGAAGCACAACGCUGAGCAAGCCGCCGCCGCCGUCUUCAUUUCUCCUCCACAACCAGAGGCACCAGACACAUUCGAGGUCCCAAUGGACACUCCCCGCCCUCGCACGCCACCCAAUUCAAUCCUCAAAGACCAGUCCAAGAUGGAGGGUGCAAACAACUCUGAGCCUGCCCAACUUCGAACUCCAGAAUCCCCCUUGUACAAGGACAUUGGCACGUCACCGGCAGCCCCAGGGCGUCCUACCUCGAGCGAUGCCGCAGGUCUGAGGGACCCUCCUCUCUUCGGCCUCGACACAGCUGCAUCUGCGACAGACCGGCCGCUCUUCUCCUCCUGGGACGGGUCCGCAUGGAUCCGAUCGGCAUCAACACCCAAGGAACCCAUUCAGUCGACAACUGUGGUCGAUGCCGCUCCGACACCAAAGGAGCCUUCGCCAAAGGCAGUCCGAGCACAGCCAAAGAGACCCAAUCUGUACAAGAAGCGCGCGUUUCUGGACAUGCUCACAGCUGAGGUGGACACAGCCAUUCCCACGGGUCGCAAGUUCGCCCUGAAGAAUGUGCCUGCCUCGAAGCGUCCACGCAUGGAAUCCGACCCCGAGCCAUGCAAUGUAGCAUACUCCACCCCGAACGUGGUACCGCCCCUCAAACCCCACAGGUUCAAGAAUGUCUCCACCGCUACCAGGCCCGAACUCAUCGAUCUCUCACGUCCGUUGCGAUCAGUAGGCCCAUCAGUCCGCCCGUCAGUCCGCCCGUUGGCGCCUAUGCGAGGUAAUCUUGUCGUAGCUCCCGUCUCUUCCUCGCGGCCGACGUCCUCUUCUUCCCAGUCCGCGGUCAAUGUAGCUUCUUCACGGCGCGCCCCAUCGCCCGCUCCACCUGCGCCGCGCAGGCGUCAGAGUGCACCAAAACCCAGCUCUGCCGAGAAGGAGGAUACUAGUCCGCACUGGUCGACGAUUCCAGACUUCACACCUCCGCUCUCGACCCUGGACGACCCAACUGUCGUACUUGAACCACUGAACUGGAGGGGAAAGACGCGUAAGAGCUUUGCUCACCACGAGGCGGUGCCGUAUCUGCACCCGAAGGAACUCGUGCUCUGCGAGAAGUUGGCCUUCUGUCCCUUCAAGUACCUCCGCUCCAAACGCCAGAUCUUCGAGCGGUUUGUCGCCUGGCACCAGGAGAACGGAUCCAGGAAAGUCUUCAACAAGACGGCAGCUCAGGGGGCAACCAAUAUCGACGUCACCAUCGCCAGCGCCUUGCAUGAGGCGUUCCUCAAAGCUGGCUGGUUCGACCCCAGAUGGUUUGCGAAGUACUUCGACGCUUGAAUCAGGGCUGCGCUCGAUUAUGCCCUUUCAGAAAGCCUUCUCGGCUGCGCGUCACCCUUAUUAGGUCAUACCAGUAUCGUUGUCGAUACCUCUCGUCUUUGGAUGUCGCAUUGGGUACCCAUUGGAGUUUAUGGUCUUGGUUAUUCUGGCUUCACCUUUGCAAUCUCUGUUGGCGGGCUCCUACAGCCGACCCAGAAGCUCAUGCCGAUGGCAUUUGGUCCCCGUUUGCUUGCAUAUCUGCGUAGGAUCUAGAUUGUUUAACCAUCAACGUCACAUGGCAUAGGGACGAC